ACAAAGUUGAUAUAAAAGCUUAUCAUUUGAUUUGCUUGCACUUUAGUUAAAUUCCGAACGUUACUCACCACAUUUGUCGCGCUUCACAUCAUGAUUGGCAGAUUCUGGCACAUUCUUGCGGUGGUGGCAGCAGCAGCAUCGGUUUUAACACCCAGUCUGGCCGACGAACAGGCCAUUAGCAAAUGCGAUAAAAGCCCUUUGACCGAACUGACAUUUCAAUUGAGUGGCAGCAGUUUGUUGUGGCCCUGUGAUUCGACGAAAAACAUCUACGUUCAAUCGGGUCGUUAUGUACCGCGCAAUGUAAUAGUGACACGAGCUCAGCUACAGCGGGACUCUGCCUUUGUGGCUUUACCGCGCUACAAACAAGGUGUGCCAUUCACGCUGGGCAAAGUGAACCUGAAGAAGGGACAAUGUCUAACGAAAAUCGCACCAUAUCCCUGUUGGGCCAUACAGGAGGAGGGCAACUGUCAAGCUCUGCAGUCUGUGGUUGACAUUGCUGUGGAUCAAAAUGGUCUUUUAUGGGCUUUAGACGUGGGCAUUGUCAAUACCUUGGAACAGCCCAUACGACGUUGCAGUCCGAAAAUUGUUGCCAUUAAUACGGCCGAUGGCAAGGUGGUAAAGAGUAUCGACAUGAGUGACUUGGUUACAGCUGAAUCACGUUUGCAAUUCCUGGUCGUUGACUAUGGCAAUGACAAUAAACCGUUUGUCUAUGUCGCCGAUGCUGGUGCCCGCAGUAUUUUGGUCUAUGACAUAACUGGUGCCAAAUCGUAUCGCAUUGUCUUGCCCAAAGCCACAUGCCCCACUAACGACGUACUUUACAUUGCGCUGGCUGCCCAGGCUGAUGGCACAUCGACACUCUUCUUUACCUAUCUCAGCUCAUCGCGUCUAUACUCCAUUAAGGGAGAAUAUUUGCGCGUUGGUCAGGGUGCGGGUUCCAUUGUGGACGUUGGUGCUAAGCCGUAUGGAAAGCAAAUGGUAUUGUUGGGCGCAGAUGGUGGCAAUUCGUUGUUCUUCCGCUACAAAGGAGAAAAUGACAUCUACAUGUGGGAUUCGGAGACAUGCUUUAAGCCGGCAAAUCUUCAGGAAGUCCAGCGAGGUGGUGAUUGUCGUCUAUCAACACAGGUCCUGCCUGGCCAUAAACGUUUCAUGUGGGCUUUGGAAAGUAAUUUCCAUGAUUUUAUAUCUGAACGUACUGGCUGUAAUGGGGCUUCAAUUAUUCUGCAUCCGGUGGUGCGCGAAUGCGAUGAUUAAAUGCCAUUCGGUCGCAGCUUCUAUUAAAGACUAUAUGGAUAAUUUAUUGCACACACACACACAGACACACAUUCACACGGGAAGCAAUAUAUCAGCACAAACAGAAACUUUGCAACACAAACACAUUUGCAUAUGUGUGUGUUCUGUAUGUGGUGAUGUGUAUGGUAUUGCAUAGUUUCAUCUUGCAUUACAUUCGAUUUAAGCCAAUUAAUGUUAAACAAUAUAUAGCAUACUUUAAGGAGUUAAAUAAAAUUUAAAUAAACCUAAUCUAUUUUAAGCAGUAAA